AUUGCAAAUGCUUCCAGCCAGGACGACUUCAUUGCCGGCCUUGAUAUGCUGAAAUCUCCUGGAUCUCCAAUGGAGCCGUUUAUGGCCAUGAUUUUGCAGACGCUUGCAUCAAAAUCUGUGAUGUAUCCCCCGUUAAAGGAAAUUCACGAUAACUACCCAACUUAUUUCAAAGAGCACGGCUCAACUCUCGACGCUGAUACGCGGCAACGUUACGAAAAACAGUACGAGAUCCUUGGCAGAAUAUGUCAGGAAUUUGAGAAGCAGCCGGAUGAAUUGCCAACGACUUCAAAUGUGGCGAACGAUGAUAUACCAAACAUGAAGGUUGAACCUAACGCAGUACCAGAUCUAUCAAAUUUCGAGAAUCUUGGAAAGCUGCUAGUGGAGCUGCAGACGUACGGUUAUCCUCCAAAAGAGUUGACGGGGGAGCUACCUCCAGGUAAG